AUGCGGGUUUAUCUUGCUGGGUUGGUUGGCUUGCUGCUCAUCUUGACUGCUGACGCUAGAGUUGGGAACUCCUCUGAGUCUAGCUUCUGUACCGAGACAAAGGAAUGUCUGCUCUGUGAUCUGGUUUGCAAGAAUGAUGAUUAUGAGGGAGUGCGCCACUAUGACUCAGUGAAAUGGGUGUCGACAGACAAGGAAGCCCACUUCAUGGAUAAGGCCAUAGUCACCACAUUCAUGAGACUCUUCAAAUACAUCACCAGAUCCAACAAGGCUGGCAUCAACAUUGACAAGACAGUCCCAGUGAUUGUCGAGGAGACGAAGAGGAUUUCACGGUCAUUUGUUUACACCCUCAGCUUUGUCAUGCCAUCUGCCCAACACAUGACUCCUCCCCAAUGCACUGAUGACAAGGUGGGAGGCUCCAGCAGCACAGGAGAGGAGGAAGGCUCCGGCAGCACUAAACAGGCGGGAGACUCCAUCAGCGCUGUAGAGAAGGAAGGCUUCGACAGCGCUGAACAGGCGGGAGGCUCCGGCAGCGCAGGAGAGGCGAGGCGCACUCUCGGUACCACCAAUGCCGGCACCACGCACCAGGCAUACAGUGUGCCUCGGCAGUCCAGAGCGUCCGGCGACAGUACCCAGUCCAGAGCGUCCGGUGACAGUCCCCAGCUCGGAACCUCCGGCGACAGUCCUCAGCCCGGAACCUCCAGCGACGGUCCCCAUCCCGGGGUCUCCGGCGAUGGGCCACGGAACACCUCAACAAAGGCGGAGGGACCAGUGUAA